UGUGUGUUAUAGGGCAUAGAUUUAGAGUCGUUAUCAUAAUGGCUCAGUGUAAGUUGACACCCCACGAAUUUAUACAAAAUGCAUUUUCUCCUAUGGUAGCUGUAAUGUGCAGCCAACUGGUGGAUCAAACAUGUCAGAAGAAUAACCUAUCCUUUGUCGAAAUGAUACAGCCAUUUUGCAAGCUCAGUACAGAAGCUCAUUUUCGUGAACCAUCUGGAACGUCAGUGGCUGUUCGGAAUUUACGUGUUACAAUGUUGGAUGUUAACUCUCGACCACCACAAGCGACACUUGCCAGGAAGUUACUCAAUGAAUCUGUCAGUUUGUCAGGAAGUGAUAGAAAUACCAGUCAACAAAUUGGUGGUCAGACUGUUGACAUUCCAGCCUCAGUCCCUUGGUUUGAAGCCUGGAGAGAGACAUUCCUUCAGGUGCAAUUUCCUUCAGAUCAUGAAUUUACAAAGCAUUAUAUUGCUUGUAUUCUAGUAGUGUCAUCUGCAGAAAAUAAUCCUGUAGAAACUGUACAACACAUGGGUCUGCAGCUACAGCAGCUACAAAAUAUAACACCAGCAAAACUUCCAAAAUGGUUUGGCCCGGGUGUUCUACGGUAUUAUGUCCUGGUGCAUGAUGCUGUGGAUGGUGACAAUGAUAAAGCUGAAACAACAUUUAAUGUUCUAAAACAGACAUAUGGAGAUAACAACUGCUACUUCCUUCAAAUGAAUUCUCGCCCACCUGGACAGAGUGAAGACCAGAACCACCUUCCUGAUCCAUGGAGCCAGUUCCUAAUUCGUCAAGUUGAUAACCAAGAGGCAAAUGAUCAAGACAGUAGUCCCCGUACCCCUGCUGAGAUUGGUGGUGUGACUGGAAUGCCAACCCAUGUCAUCACAGAUGGCAGCUGCGAUGGUGAAACUUCAGAAGUAAAUAAUGUGUUGAGGCCAGGAGUUGGUCCAGUGAUAAUGUCAGCAUUAGAAGUGGCACAGGAAGCAGGAGAGAAUGCAGCACCUAUUACUGUUGAACAUCAUCCCCUUAGCCCAGAUGCUGACCCACAGAAUUUUGUUCUUGCCAGUUCAGAUAAGAACCAUGUUCCUAACAAUGAUGUGAUUUCUGCUACGAGUCACAUCAAUGCCAAUGUCUGGGUAGGACAGGGAAAUCAGACUUCCACUGCAACACAGCAUGGUGCUUACCUUACUACGAGUGAUUUGGAUCACUUGAGAAUGCUUGUUCAGGAAUUCUGUGUAAAAGCCUUGUUACCACAUGUGGAAAAACAGAUUCAGCAACUCAAUGAUCUGAUAUCUAACAAAAAGGGUGUUAGCAGGUCAUUUCUUAGUGCUACAAAACGCUGGUUUGGUAGUAAUAAGCCUGGUAUGCCUGGUUCCAGUACACAAGUUAAUGCAGUAAUCUACUCUAGUGAUGCUCCUGAACUUCAGCUAAGAAGACUUGGUGACCUGUAUUUUAUGUUUGGUGACUAUUCAUUAGCAUUCCAAGCUUAUCAUGCAGCUAAGCGAGACUUUAAUGCUGACCAAGCUUGGCUGUACUAUGCUGGUGCAUUAGAAAUGGCAGCAUUGUCAGCUUUCAUGCGAGGUGAAGUAACCCAGAAAGCUCAGGGAUACAUGGAUGAAGGAAUUAUCACAUACCUCAACUCAUGCAAGAUGCCCCAGUUUGCUACAAGAGCGACACUGCUCAGCACUGAAUGUCUGAAAGGCCUCAGCCUUUAUGGUGAGGCUGCAAAGCAGUUCAUUCGCAUGACAAGUGAGGACUCUGACCUUCGAAGUGCUCUCUUAUUGGAACAAGCAUCAUACUGCUUCCUAAAGGCAACAAGACCACAUAUGAUGCGUAAAUAUGCAUUUCACAUAGUUCUUGCUGGACACCGUUUCUCCAAGGCCGGACAACGCAGACACUCACUUAGAUGCUAUAAACAGGCUUAUCAGGUAUAUGAGAACAAGAACUGGAGUUUAGCAGAAGAUCACAUACACUUUACAAUUGGUCGCCAGGCUGCAAAUUUGAAGCAGAUUUCGGAAGCAGCAAAAGCAUUUGCUCACCUCCUGACUCCUUCCAGUCGGCAGUCUGCCACUCAGCAAGCAGCAUUUCUUCGGGAAUUCCUCACAACACAGCAGCAACUGAAUACUGAGGAACGUUCUUUGGGAAAUGCGCUUCCUGUUCUUCCACUGCCCUUGGUUGAUGGUAGUGCUAUCCAAGUGCUGCUAGGAUCACUUCCUCCCCUGCCUUUUCAAGAUGGGGCCUCAAAUGUUAUACCUGCAACAGGCAUCACAUUUUCAGAUGUUACUAUGGGUGAAACUGACAUCAGGUGGUCCAAGUUAGAAGAACUCUUGGUUGCUGAGGCUCAAGGUUUAUUACCAAUGAUCUUCAAACCAACAGUUCAGCUAUACUCCAGUACUACAAACAACACAACCAGGCCUACUGGAAUUGUGGGAGAACCUGUAACUGUCUGUGUGAUGCUGCAAAAUCCUUUACAUAUUUCAUUACCUCUUCAUGAUGUUCAUCUGUUGUGGAGGUUCAAAAAAUCUAGUGAAGUCACAUCACAGCUCAUAGAUAAUGAGAUGGUGCCAGAAACAGCUGAUGGUCCUGUUCUGACACAGCAUCUUGAAUCUGUUGUGCUCAAACCAGAUUGCAUUCAGGAAGUGAUAUUGUGUGUUACUCCCAGAUCAGAAGGAGAAAUGCAGAUCUUGGGGAUUGCUUAUCAGAUGUCCAAUUCAGCUGCACAGCAAUGUGCAGAGCCUUCUAACAUUACACAACACACAAUAUCAGUUCCAGGAAAGCAAGUGUUUACUCUCAGGAAACCAAUACCAAAAGUCAGAGGGUCCCAGGAUCUGCAUGAUAGGAGACUGGAGAUCAGUGUUGUUAAAUCAGCACCUCUGUUGCAGGUCAUUUUUAGAGAUCUCAACUCUGAAAUGCUUUGUGGAGAGCUGCAACGGGUAACACUGGAGUUCCAAAACACCGGAAACGCAGCAUUAACAGCACUGUAUGUGGCAUCAACAACUCCAGAAUUAUUCUCACUCGGACAACCCUUACCACAGCAGCCUGGUGUACAUCAAGUAACACAUGUGGUAGCUCAUCUAUUUCCAGGACAGACUCAUGCAGUACCCAUGUGGCUUCGUGCUCCAGACACAAAAGGAAUCACAAGCAUUGAAAUGUUAUUCUACUAUGAAAAUGCAAACAGCAAUAGUAACCCUAGGUACCGUCUUGUAAGGCAUUCAUGGCAACUGACUGUGUUAAGCUCAAUCCAGCUCACAACUACAGCACUGAGAAGCAGUGCGGCAGUAUGGAAUGGAAUGCAGGAGAUUUUGAACUUCACACUUUGUGUCAAAAAUUGCAAUCAGGUUCAUGAUCAGUUAAUGACAGAGAUAUCUCUACUCCAGAUUUCACUAGCAAGUCAAGUCUGGCAGCUAUCAAAAAACGUUGUGGUACCUGAAGAUGUGAGACUCCAAGCUCAGGAAAUGGUUCAUUUUGUGGCUGUGGCUCAGAGACAAGAAGAAGAUGCAGGUGCUAAGAGAAAUAUUUUCUCUGAUGUAACGUUGAACCAGAAUCGAAAAGCUACAGGAUCUUUGAGUGAAAGUCCUUACAUUGAUUUCUUCAAUCGUCAUUUUGCUGGAAGUACAAAGAUUUCAGCAGAUGGUCCUGACAUGUCAGCAUAUCUGCCCGACCCUUCAGUCUCCAAUACUGGCAGUGAAAUUAAUAAAGAUUCAUCUGUUAAGGACAUGGACGCAGCUCUUAAAGUUGAAGCAACUAUUAUACUGAGGUGGAAGGCAUGUGUGACUGAUGGUGGAGGCAAGAAACGAUCAGCCAUUGGCCAACACCAUCUUGUGGUGGAAAAAAUAGGGACACCCAUAACAUGGCCUCUGGAACCUACUGGACCAUUGCAACAACAAGAAUUAAUGGGACCUCUUAGAAUAUUUCACCCACAUGAUACCUCAUCUAACAGCCCUGGGGCUUCAGAAAAAUAUGCACCUAUAGAAAUUCUUCAGAAACUAGUCACUUACAAUGUUUGGCAUGCAUCCCAAGUCAUACAUGACUUCAAGAAGUCCAGACUCUGUGUGACGCCUGUUAUGCUCACACUACAGAACUGUUCUGACAGAUGCCUUGUGGUCAAAGUGAACACUUUGGGGAACAGUAGUUCUGCUUCUGCAGCCAAUAAAAACCAGUUGUAUUCACCACAUUCAUCCAGUUCAUUCCGGUGGGUGGGGUUAGCUGGGACAUGGCUAGAAUUGGGACCACAUACAUCUGGAAAGAUAUAUUUAUCUGCUGCAAUAGGGUCUCCAGGGACAUAUGACCUUGGAAGUCGCUUGGAAGUGUUGUGCAGGUCUCCAGGAGCACCUGAAGCAGACGCAGUUUCACAGAGAUGGCACAUAGAAUCAGCAUUUGUAGUCAGUAGUGCUCCCUCUAGUGGGUUAUAGUCUGCUUUAGUUAUAAUAUUUGAACUCUUAUCAUAUGCCUAGCAUGAAGCUAGUGCAUUUCAUCAGCUCUUAUUUUCACCAGUAAGUUGCUCAUCUGUGUGAUUAUGUGAUACUGUGACUUGAUGUGAAGUCAUAAAACUGUGAUCGACCACUUUGAUUAUAAUGGAUGAGUGUCUGAUAAAUGAUAUAAAUAUAUUACUUCAAAUUUUAUUCAUUUCUGGAGGUAUUAAGGAGUGGCCAAUAUUGAAAGUUAAACAAAAUAACAGAGUAUUUACUGCACCCCAGUUUAACAGAACAAACUGGAAUUUUUAGAUCAUGAUUGAAAUAAAUUUGAAUUUGUUAAACUGAACUUAUGCAAGUCAGUUUUUGGAAAUCGUGAAUUUGCAAAAAAUCAGUUUCUGGUCUCUGCUUUCAUAAUCACAAAGUACUGCGUAUGAAGCAUUAGUUACCUCUCUGUAUAUGGAAUCCUUACUGUAUGAAGCAAUUGUUUUCUUUUACUGUAAGAAGGGGGGAAUUGCUGUUGUGUGAGCAGGGUGAUGAAGUUUACUUGUGGUACUUUGUAAGUAUGUCUUAGUCCAAAGAAUUAUAAAUAAUUUAUACACAUUCUUCUGUUCUGCAUUAACAAAACACCAUUUACAUUUUGUGAUUAUACAAAUAAUUGUACUGUGUCAUUAUGAAACCUUUUGCCACAUUCAACAGAUGACUGCAAGAGAAUUGUGUGGAUUGUCAUUUUUACAUUUUUAAUCACAUUUAUUCCUCUCUGCCUUAUCUUAUUAGCAACUUCUAUGCAGCAUGUAAAAUUGUCAUAUAAUGUUCUGAUAAACUGUCAUGUAUACAAAAUAUUGCAGUGAAAUGUGUCUUCCAUUCUUAUUUAUACUGUCACAUUUCAUAUGAAAAUUGAUUAUGAUUGUGUAAGGGAUGAGAGGAAAAUGGUAUGAAGGGGGAUAAAAUGUAAACAUUAAAUAAACAUGCCAUUAGUUUUUGCAGUUGUUUCAUUUGUAUUAUAUUAUAAUGAUGAAAUAAUACAUGUUAUGAUAAUUAAAUUUCUACAUAUGAUUGUCAUUAAUUAUAAAAUGCCAGAAAACAAUUAAAUACCUUUACACAACUGCCUCUUUGUGUAAUGGUGUUACUUAAAUUCAUAAUAGUAGUCACUAAAUCAAGAUAUGGCCUGAAAACUAUAUAAACCAUGCAAUUACACUUGGUAUAGAAUUGCUCUUAUUCCUUAUAUUUUAUGCUGUAGUCUUAUUGGAUACAAAUAAUAAUAAUAAUUACAACAGCAACAAUAAUGUAAUUUAGAACAUUUAAUAUGGAGUAAUAACAGGGUAGUGAAUAGUGUCUCUUGAUUUACUACACAGUUUAAUGUCCACAUUAACACCCUUUCUUAAUUGCUUGUGUACUUUUCAGGCUGGUUUCAUUUAUACAUGCUCAGCUUUCAGCAUCCCAGCUUGGUGGACUGCUGAAACUUCAUGCUGAAUGUUCAGCUAACUGUAUUUCCUGCAGCAAUGAAGAGAAAAGAGAUUAUAAAAAAGUUUUAAAACAAAUGGUUACAUGUAUACUGCAAAGUUACUGUAAAACAUAAUCCAAAGUAUCUCAGUACUUGAUGUGUUGGUAACAGUACCAGGAUAAACUUUCUUGGGGUUUUUAUUUCCUAAUUCUGAGUAGUAGAAACCAAAUGAAAUUAACAAAGAAUUUGUGCUACUUAGUGUGUACUGUUAUUCUUAUUGAAAAUCACACAUUUUCAGAUUUUAUUUCUUUCCUCUUUUGCUUCUUUAGUAGUCUGUUAUAGUGCAUAUUUUGCCAAUAGUUGGGUUUUUAUUCUUAUCUAUUUUUGUCACAAUAAUAUUCACUGUAACAGUUAUAAAUUCCAGGGAGCACAAUGCAGAACAGAAUUAUCUGAACAAUAAAUAUAUGUAUAUAUUGCA